GCGAGCAACUGCGCGAACGGACUGUUUCCCAGGGACCGGUGGGAGUUGGGAGGAACUACAAUUCCCAGAAUACAGUUGGUUUGAGGGGACGGUUUGAUGAGGUUAAUGUUUCACCCGGACCAGAUUCCCCGGCGGACCCGGCGCGACGGUUGAAUCGAGCGGAUCCGGGAGCUGAGAGACGGGGAUGGUCAUGGAGCUGUCAGCGCUCAUCAAGAAACUGGGUCACCAACUGGUGGAAAUUAGAGUUCGAGCACUAAAGAAUAUUUUGUGCAAAAUUGAUCACGGUUUGGUUUCUGUUAUUGAUUUGGCUCAAGAAAAGAGUCUUUUCAUUCGACUAUUUGAAUGGUUCAACUUUCCAACUGUCCCUAUGCAGGAAGAGGUACUCGCAUUAUGUAGUCGCCUUGUAAAGCAUUCUUCAGUAGCCCAACUAUUUCGAGAAAUUGGAGCUUUAGAAUUCCUAGCACAGCUGCGACCCAACGUAGAGCCAGAGCUGCAAGCAUGCAUCGAUGAGGUUAUGGAUGACCUGUUCAAACUGCCUGAUACUAUUGUUGAUGCACCAGCUAUUGCUUAUCAGUCACCGCCUCUGAAAUCCUCUGAGGACAAAGCUGUACGAUCUGUAACAUUGGAAGAGGAAGAAACAAUGGUUGGUUACUUUCAGAGAAGUUACAACAGUCAAGCAAAAACAAGCAAAAUUCUGCCACAGAAAGCAAUUGUUAAUGAUGCAGUGAAAUGUCUGAAAUAUUCCACCUUUCCUUGGCUGACGCUGACUGUGACAGACAGACAUGUUCUUUUAUCAAAUGAGAGUUCUCUGAAAAGCAGCAAUCGCACCUUAGUUCGCAAUACCUGUGAGCUUCUACAAGAUGUUAUCAUGCAGGAUUUUCCAGCUGAGAUCUUCCUUCAGCGCCCAAAGAUCAUACAGAACCUUCUUUUGUUGACAAAAUUAGCAUUUGGCAGAGAUGGAACUCAGCAUUUAGCACUGCAAGCUAUAGGUUGCCUGACCCAACUGUCCACCUAUUUACAAAGUAGACUGAACUUCCACAGGGAUCCCAGCUUCUUUUCUGCAAAACAAGACUUAGUUUCCCAGAACUCUUCUGUGGCUUAUUCCCAGGAAACAAGGGGGACAAACAUUUCCCAAAAUCCUUCUCCUAGAAGUACUAGCCCUAGACCAUCUGUGAUUGGACGAACUGUUCAGCGUCCCAGAGGGGAUGGCCAAGAUGGUGAUGCAGCAUCAUCAAGUGGAAGCAGUUCCCAAGGGUUUCCUAACUCUGGAAGUCCGAUGUCUAACCAUUCUGUAGUUGACUUGGCCCACUUGGAGUUGCCUGAGAUGGAGAGUGAGGAUUCCUUGGAGCUUCAGUUCCAGCAACUUAGUCUCCCACAAUUCUGUGUGGUUGUCCUAGAACAUGCAGUGCCAAUGCUCAGAACAGGUAGUCGGAAGAUUGUGAUGCGUGUUUUGGAGCUGCUGGCUGAAGUGGUGUUGCUCAUCAAUGAUUCAAUCUCAGAAGAUGUCUGGGUUGAUGACAGUCUUGCAGGUCGAGAACUGAAGGAAAGCCUGAUAGCAAGCUUGGAUGCUUUAGGGGAAGCUCUCGGCUAUCACAAUAGCAGCAUUACUGCAGAGCAGCCAGAGGCUACUAUAGUGCAUCACCGAAUGGCAUUUGUCAGCAUUGCAUUAUUCACUGUACGUCUGCUACAGAUAAUUCUCCCUGUGGAGAAGGCUAGUGAGAUUCUGCCAGAGAGCGUAGGAAAUGCUCUGUAUCUUCUGUCCCUGGAUAUAUCAUUUCGUUUAAGCUAUCUCAGCAUUCAUGAGUCCAUCACUGUCUACUUAGAACAGGUUAGCCCGGAGAGUUACAAGAUGUAUAAGAGAGCCACAGAGGUGGCACACUCGAUGGAGUAUACGUGUACUUUUAUUAAGGAAGUUGAAGCAAAGGGUGAAAGGAAUCUUAUGGACCUGAUUGAGUUCGCAGACCAGGCACUGACCAGCCUUCCCUAUCAUCAGCAGCUACAGCUGAUCCGAAAAUAUAUUGAAAUCUGCUCAGAAAUUUCCAAAUCUGUACAGGCCAGCCCAAUACUUCAAGGAGAGAGUCAGAAAGUGUUCCUGAAAUUUUUGUCUCAUCCCUUGCCAUCUAUUAAAGUCGAGUCUUAUCGCUGUUCUUUAAAUCUUGUGAAGGAUUGCUUAGGAAUCCACAACGUUACCAAGCCAGUAUCAUCAGUUUCUCAAGGUGUUCAUUUCCUUCUCCAUCCUCGGGUUUUGUAUGAAAUAUGCACAUUUGGCCUACAGGACUCAACUGAACAGGUGAACAGUGCAGCAAAGGAAAUCCUCAUUUACUUAAUGCAGAGUCGCCUAGUUAUGAGCACUUUAAGCUGGAAUAAGUUUAUUGAAGCUUUAUAUCCUGUGAUUCCAGUUCUGCAGGGCUUUGCAGCUACAGAAGGUCCACUAGGAAGCUGCAUCCUUGCACUGAGUGAGCCAUGCAACGAAGCUACUGCUGGCAUUCUAUCACGCACAGCCAGGAUUCGUGCCUCUCUUCGACUUUUUAUGAACAAAUUGCAUUUAGUGCGCUCUAUAGCUCUUGCACACUUGAUGCCGUACCUGGUAAAUGAAGAAGGUGCCUCCAAUAAACAGCCUGUGUUACAAGGAAAUAUAUUGAAUGGUGUGUCUGAUUUGUAUAUAUUGGAUAAAUCUAUUGAUUUGCAAUUAGAAGACUCUGGCAAAUCUUUUUUUAAGGAUGAUAAUGUUUGCAAAGUGUAUGAAAUCCUGAUUUCUGAGACUGUUGACCUGGCUCUUCGGAAAUCUGCAGCAGAGCAACUUGCUAUUAUGGCACAAGAUGCCAAAAUCCAUGCAGUGUUGAAAAACCAGGGGAUAGUAGAAAAGAUCAUUUCAUUUACACAUGAAAGUGUGUAUAAAAAUGGAAAGAGUAUGCAGUGCUUGGUGUUACCAUGUCUUGCUGUUUUAAGAAAGCUGGUUUACUUGGAUCCAACCCUGCGCCACAGCCUAGCUCAGCAGUCCUCUUUCCUGCUUUCCCUCUUCAGAGUAUCCCUGGUUUUACAGAAAGACAAAGGCACUCUUGCUGAGGUAGCAGCUUUACUAACUCUACUGCUGUUUGAUGAAGUAGCCAGGAUAGAUUCUUGGUCUGAUAGCAUCACAGCUCCCCCUCCAUUCAGCUUACCUGUUAUUGUAACUCAAAGGUACAACUUGAUGGUCAAAGUGGCAGUUCAUCAUGCUGUGAGUCCCUACUGUAUUGUGGUUCCAUCAUCUUCAGACCCUAUGACCUUAAAACCUAUGUCAGACAUGUUGAAAGUAGCCUGGAAUCUUGCAUGGUAUCAUGGGAUUGAUCAGAUUCUAGAUCAGAAUGGAUAUCCAGGAAUUGAUACAUCACCAGAAUUUUUAGAGAACCUGAAGUUGUUGCCUGUUGAUGUUGUUGUGCUCCAAGCAACCCAUGUUACUAGUGGUCUGCGGGAAUGUCUCACUUCCAUCACCCAGGCAGUCUCUCACGGUGUUGUCAGUUCUACUCUUCCCAGAAUGAGAUUGUAUUUAUUGAAUGACAAACUAGCUUUGAAACGAGGAACCGAUAGCAGUAUAACUAUAUUACAACACCUUGAAUGGCAAACAGCACUGGGCAGAUUUUUACAAGUUCUUCCAGCCUGUGUUGAAGAUGAGAAACUCCUGGCCGAUGUUGUGGCUUUCCUGAGCAAAAUAUUGAUAGCACAAAGGGAUAGUCCGGACAUCCGGGACCUAAAUCUGCUUUUGGAGCUCCUACUUAGACAGGAAACCAAUCCACUGAUGAAUUUGUUGGUGCAAACUGAAUCACCUAUGCAAGGUGAAAUGGAUGAAGUUCAAACCCUUGUAAAGCAGAAGCUGCAAAAGGAGCUGACUGGAUUCUUCAACAUAAUAUUGCGAUCCCUCACCUCUGUUACAAACAGAAAGUGCCUGUUGUUGGCUGGUCCUUUCAGAACUCGCUUGUCGCUUAAACUCCUACAGUGUUUGCGAAUUACAGAUGCACCACAUUUCUAUGGUCUACCUUCAUUAGAGCGGACACUGCGUGGAAUGGUCCACGUUACUGCUCUUCCUGGCUGGAGCUUGCACUCAGCCACUGUGGAAUCCUAUUGCCUUUGUAUGAAAUAUUUGAAUGGGCUGCUGGAGGUCAUUUCAUCUUUUUAUGUGGAAUGGGGAGGAAAUUCAAUGUCUUUCAUGGGUAAAGGAGUCACAAAGAGUGCAGUUAUCUGCUUGCUCCAGCUGUCCUUUGAGAUGAUAACACAUGCCAAAGAUAAGGAUUGGAUAUCCCUGUGGUCUUUGGCCUACGAGCAUAACAAUGAGGAUCAAAUGCCAUCACGACUGGGCCUGGCAUGGCUUAUUCCUCUCUGGGUUGAUCGAGACCCUGAGGUCCGUUUUGGCAGCUUGGGUAUUGGAUCAGCACUAACUCUAGUUGAAAAUGGCUGCAUUGCAUUGGCAGCCAGCUGUCAAAAUAUUUCUGGAGGAUUAUGGGGCACAGUUCUAAACAUCCUUCUGGACCAAUCUGAGUGCAGCAUGGUUCGUAAGGAGGCAGCAUCUAUACUGCAGAAUUUACUGACGAUUCGUAUGCCAGCCACAAUGGAGGAAGCCAAAGAUUAUGUAUGGCAGAGUCCUUGUGUUCAUGAUGAAGAGUCUGGUUUAUCACUGGUUGGGCUGCCUGCUCUCCAGGCUCUACUGUAUCACUGCCAAUUCUAUGAGCGUUUGGCUCAUAUAGCAAAACAGUGCUACCUCGGAAGAUACAUGUUUGAUUUGAAUUUUCCGAAAUCUACUGGCAGCAAUUUGCUCAGCACCAAUUUAGAAGACACUGACUCAUUAAAAUAUUGGAGAACAUCUUCUAGUCUGUCAAAUCACAGUCACUUGUCAAGUUUUCCAUCAACAUCAAGCACUUUGAUUUUGCCAUCACCAUCUUUAUCAGUUGGUGCCUCCGAGUUCCAUGGGCUGCUGCACAAUUCGGCUAUAUCUCCUAUUCUUAUUCCUGAAUCUCCAACCAAUAGGUUAACGGCUCAAGGCCAGAGUGACUCAGAAGCUACACAAUCUCUGCACAGUAAGAAUUCCCAUGUUUCUGAUCCUCCAUUAGAGCAAUGUGCAGUCAUUACCCUUCACUUCUCAUCAGCUCUCUGCGGCUUACUUGGUAAUCUACUGGCUACAAUUCCAGAAGAUACAUUAACUGCAGUCAAGCAAAACCAGCUUCUUGCAGCUUUCCAUGGUUUGGUAAAUACUGGUUUACUAGAGAGGUGCCUGUGGGAGCUAGGCACGCCACUGACUCGUACAAACCACAACGAGGAUAUUAAAGCUCAGGUUUUGAGCCACCUUCAGUACCUCUCCGCUCUUUCUGGACUAUUUCAACCCUGUUUGAUUUUGCAUCAAGAGCACGUAUUGCAGGAUGACUUGUUAAAGCCAUUGUUGUCAAAUAUAUUUGCAGUACUUUGUAUACGUUGCAAGGACUAUUUUGACUGUGAGGUAACAUCUACCAUCUAUCAAGCAUGGACAGACCUGUUUAUCCUUUUGAACACAAUUCUACGGAAAAGUGGUCAGGAUGCGUUCCCAGCAGUCAUUGCUGCAAUGGCAAAGCAGUGGACUGCUCUCACAGAUACAAUUUCCUUGUGCAUUCAGCAGUCUAUCACCAGACCUAGUUUGUAUGAGGUAUCCUUACAAUUCAUUUCUCUCCUUCUGACUGAAGAGGGAAAGAGGCAGCUCCAAAUUGGAGCAGUAAGCCACUCAAUCAACUCUCUGACUCUUACUAAGCUUUUAGAUGGAAAUGAAAGGGAUGAAUCAUCAGGCAGUCAGCUCUGUGAGAGCAUAUUAAAGAGCUAUGAAGGUAAAUCGUCUGACGAUAAUCACAGAAAGGUUGCGGCGAGUGCUCUAACAGCAUUGCUUCCUGUAAGCAUUUGUGCCCAGAAGCAUGCCUUGCAGGCUGGCCUUGUUGACAGCUGUAUAGAACAGAUGAAGCAUACCUAUGUGCAAUUCAACUUAGAUUCGCUGAGACCUGGAAAAGUGAUCCAAAGGAAAAAGGAUGACAGUCUUACUAGAGAGCUGAAAAUGGUGAUGCAGUUGCUGAGGAAUUGCUUGUAUCACAAUGUUGAAUGCAAAGUUGCAGCGUCUGAUGCUCAUCUUGUGAGUGCAGUUUAUUCACUUUGGCCCUGGUUUUUAAUGGAUGACACAUUGAUGUUGGCAGCUCUGAAACUGUUAUGUGUCUACACAGCAAACCUGCCGGCAUCAUGUGUUUCCCUGUGCUGUGGCAAUGGAGCACCACCUGUUUCCCAUUCUUCUCAAAGAGGCCUGGCAGGUAGUUCUCUGGUGCAUAUGAUCAUGAAGCAAGCCUUACAGAAGACGCAUGACAACAGUACCAUUCAACAAAUGGCGUUUGCAGUCCUCUCCAACUUGGUCAUGUCCCAUGAAUGUAAAGGCGUGUUGCAGAAGAGCAAUUUUUUGAAUAACUUCCUUGCCCUGCCAUUACCAAAGACAGCAGGAAAACCCCUAAGUAUUUUGGCCAUGCUUUGGUUGAAGCUAUUGCUGAAUAUGUCUUUUGGAGAUGAGGGACAGCAGAUGAUUCUGAAGAUGAAUGGAAGUCUGGAACUUCUAACAGCAAUGUCUCAGCACAAGCACAAGAACAACCAGACUACUGCCCUUCUUGUGCUUCAUAACAUUUGCUUCAAUCCUGCUAAUAAGCCAAAGGUUCUAGCUAAUGAUAAAACUGUGUCAAUAUUUGCUGCUUGUCUAGAAAAUAACAAUCCUGUAGUUCAGACUAUAGGUGCUUCAGCACUUUGGGCUUUACUUCAUAAUUACCAAAAGGCCAAAGUUACACUGAAAAAUCCAUCAAUCAAGAGGAGAGUGGAUGAAGCUUAUCUAUCAGUCAAAAAGUGUAUCCUUGAAGGUCCUCUGAAUAUUUAUCAGUUGAAGUGUCUAGAAAAUCUAGCAGUCCAGCUGAACAAUUAGUGGGUGCCCUACUAAUGUGAGCAUUUUAUUGUGGAGUUGAGUUUUGCCUGACUGUAAAUCAUGUGUAUAUUUCAUUAAAUUCUAAUAUAUUUUCUAUAAUAAAAUUUUCAUGUU